ACUGUCCAAUCUUAUAAAAGAAACUGAGAUCCAUUGUCACAAUGCUGGCUUCCAACUUAAGCGACCUGUCCCCAGGUUCUACUCUUAACUCCUGCACUGUGCUGACAGGGGUAAUUCUUACAAAGUGGUCAAGUUAAAUGAGCUGAUACAUAUAAAGCGCUUAGCUCAACACAGUGGUUCUCAAACUUCAGCUUGCACUGAAAUCACCGCGAGGGCGUAUUAGAUAAAACACAGAACACUGGGCCCCAUUCUUGGAGUUUUUGAUUCAGCGUCCUGGGACAGAGCCGAAUGCUGCAUUUCUAACCAGUUUCUAUGGGAUGGUGAUGCUUAUUGGAAUUGAGUGGGGCAUUUUUGGCAGGGAAGCAUUAUAAUCUGAUUUCAGAGAACAUUUACUGUUUUGUGGAGAGUGGAUUAAAAGGAGACAAAGGAAGCCUGAAGAUCAGUUAGAUAUUUUUCAUUUAACUAUUCCAUCUGCUUCAUAAAUUGUGGGAUGAUAUCCCCCAGAAUGUUCACACUGCUUAUCUUAAGAGUUGAGGCAAUAGGUGAUUUUUUUCUAAGUAAGUAUGUAUUAGAACAGAAGAAAUCCAAACCAUCUUUAUUAGCAUUUUAAAAAGAUGCCCCCCAGGGUUGAUUCCCCCCACCCCCCAAAUUCAUUCUCUCUGGAAGAUUCAACCACUCUCUCAAGACCUCUGUUACUAUCUACAUUUCUAAACUUUCUCCUGGGAUCAGGCUGAUCUGUGAGGACAUCUUCACAGGUCCUUCCAAUUCAGCACUACUGCUGUAAUCAUCUCUUGCCACGGUGGCUUCUUGGGUACCCUUCUUUAGUGAAUGGCCUAUCAGGCCAAACAGCUGAGAGUUUCUUGAUUUCUCACCUCUCUCCUGCAACAAGUCUAGGUCUGUUUACUUAUCACUCUAGUUCUGCACCACACACAAUGGUGAGCACAUAGUAAGCGUCCCAUAAUAUUGAUUGAAAUCAUUCAGUUUUUUAAAUAAAUAUUUAUUAAAGACUGCUAUAAAUAAAAGUCCUGUCCAUCUUACCUCCUAAAGAGUCCUCAGUUCCGUUCUAAUUCUCCAACCUCACAACCCACCUGUGGUUCAGGCCAUUUCCGAUUUCUGCCUUCCACAUAGUCUUGCUUCCAGAUUUUUACCCCUCCAGACCUUUCUCCUUGUAAAACGCAGAGUAACUUUCCAAAAGGCAAAUUUUUUUUUGGUCAGUCUUUUAUUUAAAAUCCUUCCAUGAGUCAAGGAAAAAUAUGUUACAUAAAAUUAUACUGGUAACCAUUAGAUGAAUUUAAAAUAAUGAUAGAAAUAUCUAGGACCAAUUGAAGAAGGGAAUACAGAGUGUAAUAUUUAUUAUAAUAGGAAGUCUGUAGAAAUUAUUUAAAAUCAAGAAAUAGUGGUAAAAGCCUAUAUGGAGUUAUAAACACCAGGGAAAAUAUAGGUAAGAGUGGUUGCCACUGGAGAGUGGGGCUAAGGGUGGCAAAGAAAGGACAAGGGUAACUCUUUUUAUUAUCCAUCCUUCUGAAAAUGUUUGGAUUAAAAACCAAAAUCAAGCCAGGAACAACAAAAACAACGCAAAAGGUUUUCAGGGAUCCUCAUUGCCUAUAGAAUAAAAUCCAAGUCUUUUAGAACCAUCUUCCUAUGACCUUGUUACUCAACAAUGGGGGAGGGUCCCUUGGGCCAAUCCUAUAGCCAUCAACUGGAAGCUAGUUAAAAAUGCAGAAUCUCAGGCUCUACCCCGGAUUUGCAGAAUCUUAAUCGAGAUUUUAAGAUUCACAGAUAACACAUAAGCACAGUCAAGCUUAAGAAGCAUCAGUCUACAGGUCAAGCAUGAUCUGGGGCCUUGGACCUCUUCAACAGAUUGCUCUUCAAUACUGAUUGCUCUUCUUUGGUCGGAAGAACUUUACUUUUUAUUCCUUUAGUCUAAAUUUAGUGGCUACCCGGAGGGUGUGUGUGCGUAGUUAAAUUCUAAUCACAGUUUUAGACUCAGCUCCUUUACUCCAGGAAGCCUUCCAAAACUCUCUGCAGCCCUCCCUCACCAGUGUUUUUUAAACUCCCACGUCCCUAACUGAAAAUGCCUAGCCUCCAUUCGGCAAAAAAUUUCUGGGCGCCUGAUGCGCUGAACUGCCUAACUGGAUCCAGUGCGAGGCUGGAGAGAAGCACCGAGCUCUACUUGAGUCUGCUCGCUCAGGUGCAAACCAGCAUCGCCUAGUCUCCUGGGUCCGGGGGCCAACGGCUGUGCGCGCAGCUCUGGAAUAUUUAUAUACACAAACAUACGCCAUUGCGCGGCUUUUCUAAGCGUUACGGCACCGUCCUCCCGCCCCCGCGCCUCGCGGGCGGGGACCCACCGGUUCCGCUCAGUCCUAGCGGGGAGACAGAAGGACCCCCGGCAACCGGACCCUGGCGCCUGGUCGCCCCGCUCUGUCAAGGCAGAGGCCCGCAUGGAGGGGUCAGUGGAGUCCCAGACGCCUGACCUUCGCGACGUGGAGAGCAAGGUGGGAAGGAAGACCCCAGAAGGGCUGCUGCGCGGACUGCGAGGCGAGUGGGAGUCGGAAAUCUCGGGUGCCCUGCUGCUCCCAGGGGCGCCUAGCACAGGCCACGGCCUGGGGGACAAGAUCAUGGCGCUGAGGAUGGAGCUGGCUUACCUGCGAGCCAUCGAUGUGAAGAUCCUGCAGCAGCUGGUGACCUUGAAUGAGGGCAUCGAGGCAGUGCGCUGGCUAUUGGAAGAGCGGGGGACAUUGACCAGCCACUGCAGCAGCCUCACCAGCAGCCAAUAUAGCCUGACAGGCGGGAGCCCAGGCCGCUCAAGGCGAGGCAGCUGGGAUAGCCUGCCAGACACUAGCUCCACUGACCGGCUGGACAGUGUCUCCAUCGGCAGCUUCCUGGACACAGUGACCCCCAGCGAGCUGGAUGAACAGGGCCCUCCCGGGGCUCCCCGUCCUGACAUGGACUGGGCAAAGGUUAUUCCUGGUGGGGAGAGGGCCAGGACUGAAGUGGACCUGACAGCCACCAUGCUAGGGAACUUGAGGGCUUCAUGGAAGCUCCCAGGGGAGGGGUUCCUAGGUCCACCUCUUGAGCCAGCAGAGGAUGAGAGUGCCAAGCUGGACUUUGAGGCCCACUGGUACUGGGGGCAGUGUCAGGAUGAUGUUACCUUCCUGUAACAACUUUUCCACCCUUUUUAUACUCCUGUGGUUCUUUCAUCACUAGGCCCUGAUCUCCCUUGAAAUUUAUCCUCCCUCAAUCUGGGAGUAGGAAGAGACUGCAUUGAAAU